AGGUGGGCCAAAAUAGAUGAUUUUAUGAUAUCAUUAUUCUCCAUCAGGACCGGCCACUGAGGAGAAAAACCACCGCGAACAAACUGUACACCAACCCGGAGUUUAUCCGCAUUUUUUUGUUUUUCUUUUUUCUUUUUUGCUUCGAGGAAACUAACAGACUACAUUUCGAUGAUCGAUUGUUGUGAUUGUGAACGCUCUGCUGCAUGAUUACAGUUCCAGAUUUAGGCCCAUGACUUAGUCUGUGUGACGCCAAUACAGCAGCAGAGGAGCAGAGGAGAUAGGGGAGGUGUGUGUCUGUGGAGGCGCGCCUGUCUGAGCAUCAUCUGGCUGCUGCAAAUGCUGCGCGUGCGUGUUGGGAUGAGACACUUUUUCACCUGUGCUUAAAAAAAAGAUGGUUUCAGGGAUGCUGCUGCCAUUUCCAGCCAGGCUCUGAUAGACUGGACAUCCGGAAAAUCUUUGUGCUCCUCCGCCUCUGCACCUUCCUCUCCCUCCUCCUCCUCCUCAUCAUCUUCCUCCUCCUCUCCCGCCCGUCGAGCGUCUGCUCAUUGUGAUCAAAUUGAUCAUCCAUCUGCGCUUCAGAGAGCCUCCCACUCCUGCCAGCGUCCGCUCACCCGCGUGCAUCCUCGCAGCAGGCCUCCCCUCCACGUCCACCAUGGAGACGACCAAGCUGCCUCCGUCCAGCCCGUCCUCGCCGACCACCAGCUUCUCGGUGCCCUCCGCCGAGAAGGUGGACGGCUUCCCGCGCAGGUCCAUGCGCAGAGCCCGGCAGAGGAGGUCCCACAGCUCGUCCCAGUUCCGCUACCAAAGCUCCCAGGUGGAGCUCACCCCCCUGCCCCUGCUCAAAGACGCCCCGGUGGCAGAAUUACAUGACCUGUUCUGUAAGAAGCUGCAGCAGUGCUGCGUGCUGUUUGAUUUUCUGGACUGUGUGGCCGACCUGAAAGGGAAGGAGAUCAAACGUGCGGCGCUCAACGAGCUGGUGGAGAGCGUGGCUACGAGCAGAGGAGUCCUCAUAGAGCCUCUCUACCCAGAGGCUAUAAAGAUGAUCUCCGUAAAUAUCUUCCGCACGCUUCCUCCCAGCGAGAAUCCGGAGUUUGAUCCAGAGGAAGAUGAGCCGACACUGGAAGCCUCCUGGCCUCAUCUGCAGCUCGUGUACGAGUUCUUUCUGCGUUUCCUGGAGAGCCCAGACUUCCAGCCCUCCAUGGCCAAGCGCUACAUCGACCAAAAGUUUGUCCUACAGCUCCUGGAGCUCUUCGACAGCGAGGACCCCAGGGAGAGGGAGUACCUGAAGACCAUCCUGCACCGUGUCUAUGGAAAACUGCUGGGCCUCCGAGCCUACAUCCGUAAGCAGAUCAACAACAUCUUCCUCAGGUUCAUUUAUGAAACUGAGCACUUUAACGGCGUGGCAGAGCUGCUGGAAAUCCUUGGCAGCAUCAUCAACGGCUUCGCUCUGCCUCUAAAAGCCGAACACAAGCAGUUCCUGGUCCGAGUCCUGAUCCCGCUGCACACGGCUAAGUCGCUCUCCAUUUUCCACGCACAGCUGGCCUACUGUGUGGUGCAGUUCAUGGAGAAAGACGCCACGUUUGUUGUGCAGAUCAUCCGAGGGCUGCUCAAGUACUGGCCGAAAACCUGCACACAGAAAGAGGUGAUGUUCCUGGGGGAGAUCGAGGAGAUUCUGGACGUGAUAGAGCCGUCUCAGUUCAUCCGCAUCCAGGAGCCCCUCUUCAAACAGAUCGCCGCCUGUAUUUCCAGCCCCCACUUCCAGGUAGCGGAGCGCGCUCUUUACUUCUGGAACAAUGAGUACAUCCUCAGCCUGAUAGAGGAGAACUGCCAAGUCAUCCUGCCUCUGGUGUUUGCCACGCUCUACAGAGUCUCCAAGGAACACUGGAACCAGACUAUUGUGUCUCUGAUCUACAACGUGCUGAAGACCUUCAUGGAGAUGAACAGCAAACUGUUUGAUGACCUCACUGCCUCCUACAAAGUGGAGAAACAGAAGGAGAUGAAGCGUGAGCGGGAGCGUGUGGAGCUCUGGCGAGGCCUGGAGGAGUACCAGGAGCGGCGGAUGCAGAUGCUGACGGAGGCCGCCAGGAACCAGCGCAACCUUCAGGAGCGAGGCGAGAGAGGGGACCCCCUGAGCCCCACGUGCCCCCAGACGGCUCACUCCGACCAGCCAGAGCCCAAACCCAGCGGGGCCACUUCCGGAGAAACCGCCACCUAGGUGCCGCCCCGCACAGAUUUGGUCAGGGGACGGGGGGGGUUGAGUGCUGGGAGACGGAAGACGGAGCCUUGCAUCGCCCGGGCGGCAGCUUUUUGAACAAAGGCUGCCCCCUCCGCCAUGCAAGGCUGCACCCUCUUUCUGUGUGAAACUGGUUCACUCUUUUCUGCACACAUUGAAACAAACAUCAGCUGGUUUGUUAAACUGCAGGUCAGUACCAAAAACACAAAACAAAAACGGGUCGCUGGCUUCAAAAUCAGCUGGUGCAACACUCGUGUUUAACGCCGAGUCAUGGUCUGUAGUGUGACCUCCUUUAUAGUUUGGUCCGAGAUGCUGAUUCAUGAGUGCAUAGCACAACGUAUAACAAACAAAAGAAGCAAUUUCACACAAAUACCCUCCUCAAAAAUAUCCGACAAAAUCCCACCAACGGAAGAAACCGAACCAUCACACACGUGUGUGUCCAAACACACGGCUGGUGUGAGUCCUCUCCCAGACCGCCGGGUUCCACCAAAGGACGAGACUGAAGUCCCUCUACAGCUGAAGAAAGCGACAACACUGAUAUAAAGUACAACCAUGUUCCUUCUUCUUACUUGUUACUCUACUACUACUACUCUACUCUACUCUAAGUACUACUGAUGAUGAUGUUUUUAUAUAUAUACAUAUGUCUCUGGAUAUUUCUGUAGUGUAAUAUGGGAGAAACACUAGUGUAGCAGAAAAACCACAAAGGGGAAGGCUGACUCGAUUCCUGGUUUCACAUGUUAAACACACACGGCCAUAACAUGAGUUAUGCUGAAAUUCAGCAGAAUUCCCCUUUAACGCAUCUUAAGGAGGGGAGGAGUGAACUGGAUUGAACGGGGCUGUUUUUCUUUUAUUUUGAAGGUUUGGAGUAGGUGUGUGUUCAAAGUGGCGUUCCAUCAAAAUUCUCCAACACUUUCGUCCUAAUUUGUUCUCAUUUUAGUAAACAAGUUCAGUGUUGCAAAAAAUUCAAAAAAGUUUGGAGAAAAGCCUAUUUUAACGUUUAAAUUUCGUAUGUUUUUAGGCUAGUUUACGAACAUUCUCUUUGCUGCCACCAGCUGUUCAUCAGUGGAACUACAUAAGACUUUUUGGAUUUUUUUUUUUUUUUUAAUACAUAAAAUUCUCAAUUUUAACCUGGCAAAAAUUUGAUUCCUUGAACAAAUUAGUACUUUAAACUAGUGGUUUCAAACCCCUGGGCUGCGGACCGGUACUGCUCCGUGGGUCACUUCUUAGUACCGGUCCGCAAAAGAAUAAAUAAAUACGGUAACUUUCAAAAAAUGUUUUAUUUCUUAUUCUGAGGGAAGUUUCAUGUUGUAAAAUAAGUCACAUGUACUAAAUAAAUUUACUACCUUCUUAAAUCAGCUGCUUUGUCCGCUAAAUUAAUAAAAAUCAAAAUUCUAAACAUUUUUUUAGAGCAGAAAAGAGUGAGUAAAUGGAAGAUGACCCUUCUCAAACACACAAAAACAAAAGAAAUCUGGAUUAAAGUUGUUCCUACACUUCUAUCUCUGCAUGGGGGCUGACUCUGUUACAAGGAGGCUGCUAAUAAAGCUGUAUUCACUAAGAAUUGAUUAUUAUAUUUAGAAUAUACAAUCCUCAUUUUACCCUUUAAUCCUUCAAAACUGCAGCUGUAAAAACAAACACGGACGCCACGAGUGUUUGAAACAAAAGAAAAACAGUUCGGGUUCUGACUUUGAGCGUCUGCUGGUUCGGCAGAACCGAUGCUGCUAGAUGGCGAUCAUUGCAAUGAAAACUGUUUCCAUUGUGAACCCACAAAAACUCGAUCAUCGUGACAGUGAUGGGGUGAAGAGUUGCGGGAAAAAAAAAUAUUUUAGCAAUAUUUCCAUUCUUUCAAGAUAAUCUGUGUUUUUUAGAGGGUUAACGACAAGCGUGCGGGUUCACCGCCGCUCUUGUUUUGACUCCGGUUGCGUCCUUGAUAUUCACACUGUCUUAAAGGUACUUUGUGUGUACAUUUCUUUGAAGAAAACAAGGAUUUUUUGCUUUGUCAUGUUGUUUACUUUAUUGUUUUUUGUAUGAUCUUGUUUAUUUUGUGGGAGACUGAUGUUGAUGCUAUUUAUUUUCUAUUUGAUCAGGAAAUGUAACUUUAUUUGAAACCGAAGGUCAGGGUGUGUGUGUGUGUGCGUGUGUGUGUGUGAGAAGCAGGAGAUGCGUUCAGGCUGAAAACGAAAGACGAGUUUUCUUUUUUUUCUUCCUCCCCUCUCCUUCCUGAGCGUCAGGGUUUGAAUCUGAAUGUAUCGUAAAACAAAAAAACGAUUGUUUUUUUUUUUUAUUUUUUCUUAAAAGCGUGGCGCUGCUUGGUGGUUGCCUGGUAACCAAACCUUCAAACCAAGUUUUACCGUGUUCACUUCAUGCCUGAAUCGACCACUUUCUGAAAUCCUUUCGAUUUGCAGCUUUAAGAUUAAAAUUUUUAAUAUUAUUUUGCACAAAGGUUUCUCCCCGCCAACAAUCCUGCCCACAACUACUGCCGCUCUGCAGAAACUAUGUCCAAAAAAGCAACACUCCAAGUUUGUCAUAUAUGACUUUACAUGAUACACAAUGAAAAUGACUGCAGAGAAGAUCUCUAACCACUGAAUGAAGACAUUUUAUAAGAACUACGGAUGAUAAACUUUAAAAUAAAUACAGUUUUUGACAAAAAAGACAAAGAAAAGUAAAGUAAAAAAAUAAAUAAAUCAUAAAUUACCAUAUUUUCUGCAAUUUAGUGUGCACUGAAUUAUAAGGCGCAUCCUCAAACAUCCCCUAUUUUGAACUUAUGUCCCAUAUAAGUCACAUCAACUAUAAGGCGCAUUAAGCAAACAAGAGUCAGUUUAUUAGCUGUGCUCACAGUAUCUCACGUUAGCCAUGUUAGAAGAGUUAGCUGUGUCAGCUUAUUUACAAAACCUGCAACUCUCGACCUUGUUUUCUGAUACCGUUACAUGAUAACUAUGUUAGCCACAUUAGCAUACUUACUAAAACAGCCAAACUUGUUUGCAGUUUGUAAAAAACAGACUGAUUCCACUAUGUGUUAGCUACAUUAGCCACAUUAGCAUAUUGUCAAUGAACACCCAACCUUGUUUCCAACUCUUAAAAAAACUGAUUUUGACAGACGCUCCACUCAAAAUCACUUCAAAUCUGAAGGAUUUUCAAUAAAAAAUUAUCCGAAAAAUACUUUUUUUUUUUGCUUACACAUAUUCUGCCUCAAUUAAUUGCAAAAGUUAUUUUCAGUUUACUAAAAUAAAGUUAAUAAAUAAUUUAGAGCAGUUGUGGGGAGUUUUUUCUUUUUUUUUCCAACUAGUGAUAAAAUGAUGUUUUUAAAAAUGCACAGAAGGAAUUUGUUUGGAUUUCAGAAAUCGUCUUGAUUCAGGCAACAAACUUUCCAAAACAAACAAAGGAGCCGAACUGCUGAACCUCCCGAACCACAAAACCUACUUCAAGUUUUUUUUCCUCGCAAAACUUUUUUUUUUUUUUUGUAUCAGCAGGUCAGCUGAUUUAAGAACGAAAAGGAGCUCCAUCUCUCGCCGUUCCAGAGUUUUCAGUGCAGUCUGUUAGCGCGUCAGAGUUCUAGUCGUCCUCCGUCCGUUCUGGAGCUGCGAGGAGGGGUCCAUUGACCGUCGUGUGUGAAACUCUUAGUUCACGCCAUCGAACCCGUUUCAGGUCUGAGGGGUCAAGUCGGAGGAAGAGCACGGCAAUAAGUCAGAGCAACAGAACGAGAACUGAACCGACAACUGCAUUACGUAGCAAUUUCACCGAAGUUUUAGAUUUGCACUGUCUGCCCAAUGGUCUGUGUUUGUUGUGUUGAAGAUAAAAACCAUAGAGAAGAUGAUCAACAGGAUGCAGAAAAAGAUGUAUAUUUUGGGGACCAACAAAGCAGUGGGGGGGUUGAAUGUAGAGUCUUACUACUGUAUGAAACAUUACAGAAGGAUGUAGAACGGAGAAAAAAAAUAUGUGCUUCAAAUGAAACUUCACUUUGAGAAAAACA